AUGAGUGGACGCGGAAAAGGAGGAAAGGGACUUGGGAAAGGAGGCGCUAAGCGUCACCGUAAAGUUCUUCGUGAUAACAUCCAAGGCAUUACUAAGCCCGCCAUUCGCCGCCUGGCUCGUCGCGGCGGUGUGAAGCGUAUCUCCGGCCUGAUUUACGAAGAGACCCGCGGUGUACUUAAGGUGUUCCUGGAGAAUGUGAUCCGUGACGCAGUCACCUACACUGAGCACGCCAAGAGAAAGACUGUGACCGCAAUGGAUGUGGUGUAUGCUCUCAAAAGGCAGGGCCGUACUCUAUACGGUUUCGGAGGUUAACUCUACUGUCUUGAUUCCAACACAACGGCUCUUUUAAGAGCCACACAACUCGUCCUAAGAAAUAAGUGUUCCAACUUUAGUUAGUGGCUUGGGUACACAGAACUUUGUGAAGCUGUUAGAGUGCUAAUGAGACUCUUAAACCUUGCAACGUGAUACAUAAGUCUUGUGGGCUUCUUAAUGAAACGGCCGUUGUGGCUGUAAGUAAAUCGUCGGGCUGGCUUCGUGCCCCAAACCAAAAUGGCGGCGCCGCUGAUGCGAAGUUAACAAUGUUAACUCAUUUCACCUAGCUUUCAUAGAAACCAA